AUUUGUUUAUUUGCAGGUACUUGUCGCUUUUUGGAUGUUGUUGCUGGCGACCCUUGUCUGAUUUGUGUUAGCGUAAGAGACGUUUGCGGGAUGUGGUCGGUCCAUUCGUCGUCAUCUUCGUCGUCAAUUGCUUCGCAGUCCAUAUCGGAUUCGGAGUCCGAUAUGGCUGCGGCGUCAUGGUGCGUAUUUGGUGCUGGUCGUGGUGAUGGCUGUGUGGAUGCUGCUGCUGCUGUUGUUGUCCGUUGUGGCGGCACUCCUCCCGUGCUCUCGUCUCUUGCCUGCAGCAGGAUAUGGGCACAGCUCCCAUCGCACUGGGCGCCUGGCUGCUGCUGUAGCUGGGGUUGGCGUGGCUCCGGAGCACGAUUUGGGAUCGGCUGCAUCGGCUGGACCCUCUGGUAUUGGCGCCCCCUGGUCGAUGGCUGGGGAUGUUGGUCGCGAUGCUGUAGCUGUUGUCGAUGCUACCGACCCGGACCGCGUUGGCGUUGCUGCUGCGGCUGUGGGUGGAGUGGCUGUGUGAGUGGCUGCUGCUGCAACUGUCG